UAUUUCUAUCGCGACGGGCGUUUCGUCAUCGUAGCGUAUUUCGUGUGAGCAAGUAAUAGUAAUUGUGUGCCACGCGACCAGAUAACGGGAGAAGAAAGAGUACCGCGAAUAUGACGAUGGAAUCUCGGUUGAAACGGAGGAUGAACAAUCAAUUGGACAUCGUGUAUAAUUUUCCACGAAAUCCUAUUGCGUAAUUGUUAUUGUCGCUGGAAUUUCCUGCUUUUCAACGUGUCGCGUUCGUUCGAAGAUUUUGUCAAGGUGCGAAGGUGUGUACGAUCAAAGCGAUCGUUUUUCUCGUACGGGACGACAAUGAGGCCUGAAUUCCACGGAUUUCGAGCCAUGUUUCUCGUGUUUUCAACAUGUCCAACUUUUUAGCGUCGUCGCGUCGAAUUUUUCUUAUGUAUACAUAGUUAUAAAUAGUGGAAUGCGGUCGCGGCUUACGGUUCCACGCUCAACGACGAUGACAUUUUUGAGAAAAAUAUAAGAUCCUGGCACCGAGACGAUCGUUUGGUAUGUACGUACAUACAUAAGUAGUACGUACAUAUAUCGGUAUAUUCUAUUGUUUGACGACGACUUCAGUACGUAAUAGGAAAAAAUUACAGCGCAGCGUUUGCGACCAGAAUUCAAAGUCUUCUUUAAUACAAAUUUAUUCGUAACUCGAACGUGAAGUCCUCGUCGUACGUUUAAUAGGUACACGCGUGUACGUCUGUUCCCAUGUAGAAGUUUCGAUCGAUCGACGGAUACUUUUCGAUGGAUCAAUUGCCACGAAACUGUCAAGCCUUUCAUCCGAAGGAUCCAGCUCAUGGUACGCUGAACUACGAUCUCGGAGCUUUAAACGAAUACCAGAAGAAAAAAUUAAAUUCGAGAAAGGCAACCGAGAGAUACGAAAAUGAAAUUUAUUUAAAGAGGCAUCCAGAAAUCAAAGGAUUUCUCUCGAUUUUACUUAGACACGUAUUGCAAACGCAGCCUUCUAUACGCGUUCACGAAACGAUAGGCGAGUUUUUUAACAGGUCGCGCUGUGAGAUACUAAUGGAUCUGCUAGAAUAUCGCUUACGUACCGGGCAAACGUUCGAUAUACAAACUGGCUUAACAACAUGGAGCGAUAUCACCGGAACGGAUGGUCUCGAAAUUUCAUGCCGUAACGAACAAUGCUAAGUUUGAUAAACGAUUAUACCGAUUUUAAUUCCAUCGCAUCGUGUCAAAUUUAAUAUAAAUAAACGGCUGUACGUUUCGAAUCCAUUUGGAAUCUAUUUAGAAAAUAAUUGCUUUCUCAAUCGAUUUAUCGAUCGUUGAAAUCGAUCGAUGCCACCUUGGAUUUAUUUCGUUGAAACGGAGUUAAUCGAGCAACGCGAAACUGAUGUGAUUGCGUGCAUACACGUAUGCGUAUACGUUUAUAUUGGUACUUUUGUUAGAUUUCCGGCUGUUUACAAAAGGAAGUUUACGAUCGUUUGAUCAGUUGCACCCACCACUUCCUCUAUAAACACCGUAUUCGUUCGUAAUCGUUCAUUCUCGUAUAGUCGUCAACGUUCUCAUUUUAUCAUUAUAAUUUUCCAAAUUAUUUUCACUACCUGUUACGCGCGAAAAACUUUCUCUUUCUUUUCCCUACAUAACCACGCUCUCCUGUCUAAUUCUUUAUUAUGUAUAGUUACAAUCGUGUUACUCGUCAUAUAUAUAUGUACGUGUAAUAUCUACGCAAUAUAAUCGAACGAAUCGUACGAGAGAAGACCGUUAGAGAAUUCUACGCAGGAAAGUUGUGCCGUUGCCACUACAUAUACGUACAGUUGCGUUAUCGAAACGUAUCAUAAACGGCAAUUAAAACUGUGUUUAUAACGCCGGAAAAGGAAGCGAUUUUAUAAUGUAAAAAAUCGUUGCUGAUAACUUAACAAUCGACGCAUAAUUUUAGCCUUGGCAACAGAGACAACGUUUUCUUCUCGUGGCAGUGAAAUUUUCAAUAAAUUUACGCGUUUUUUAAACGAAACUUUAUUUAGUUAUCGUUUCGAUAUUUUUCUUCGCAAUGGGAUUAUACAAAAUCAUAUUUUAACAUGUAUACCUAAUACAAGCGAAUUAAAAGACGAAAAUGAACGUUUACUGUGCUUCCAGAAAAUAAUUGUUGAUAUUAGGAAAGUAACAUAAUAGCGAGUUAACAAUUGGUGUAAAAAUAAAAGUGAAAUAAAGGGAGAAAAGGUAAAAAUGCGCGCAUAUUGCAGAGAAAAGAGAAUCCUGAAUCGUACAACCGAGAGAACCGGCGCGACGCGACGCGACGACUCGCGCGAGUCGCGAGAACGGCAUAAAACCAGCACCGAAGCGAAUCCGAGAUUCACCGAGAGCAGUCGAACAUGGCCGAAGAGUCGCGUGGUGUUCCAAAAGAAUUUCUGCAUCCUCAGUCGUGACUCGAUCGUCGCGGUGAACGGAUCGUGAGUCGGGGAACGGCCAUUCGCGAACCGUUUCAUUUUCUCUAUUGAAUCGCGCGCACACGAACGCACACGCGUG